UGAGCACACGGGGAAAACCCACACCGUCACAGGAAAAUGUACAAACUCCAGACAGACAGCGUCCAUGGUCAGGAUCAAACCCGGGUCACUGGCACUGUAAGGAGCAACCCUACUGCUGUGUCUCUGUGCCGCUCUUUUCAAUUUGCUCAUAACUUGGAGUUUGGAAUAAGAUAGCGAAUGGAUGGAUAAACACGUUCCAUCAUUGAUCUGUACAACAGGCUAAUGCACUAAUGGGCAGUUUUUUCCAGUUUAGGGAAGACUGGCCUCGGCGAUCAUGUCCAAGCUUCCGAGCAAAGACUCGUCCUUUCGUGAACGAGUCAAAAGUAUUCUGGGCAUUGGUCCCCGCAUUAACACCAAGCAAACGGAAUCCAAGCCCACAGAGUUCAUCAUCACAUUCGAAAUAUUAAAGGAACUGAAUAUAGAGAGCGGACUCUACAAUAGAAUAAAAACCAUUGGACAUGUUUGUGAGCUCGCCAGGACCAGGAAGUUUGAAGAGCAUGCGGUGGAGGCUGUGUGGCAGGCAGUGGCUGACUUGAUGUCGGAUGAUCAGCCCUCGGAGGCCAGACUCACAGUACUGCAGUUAAUGAAAGCUAUUAUUCAGGGACAGGGGGAAAGACUUGGACCAAUGCGAGCACACUUUUUCCGUGUUAUCAAGGAUUACCCUAUGAACAGUGAUCUGCAUGAGAGACUUGACGUUUUCAAAGCACUAACGGAAAAUGGAAAAGACAUCACCUAUCUGGAAGAAGACCUGUCCUCGUUUGUUCUCAAAUGGAUGGAAAUUGGUCUGACGGUGGACUUUCUGGAGGUGCUUGUCAACCUGGUCAAAUUCAACAGUUGCUACUUGGACCAGAUUGUGGCCCAAAUAGUACAUAAGAUCUGUGUUCUCUGUAAUCUGACCACAGUGGCAACAGAUAUAGAGGUCUCCUUGCAAGUCCUCGAUGCAGUUGUCUGCUACAACUCUUUGCCUUCUGAGUCUCUCCCGGGAUUUAUUAUUACACUCUGUCGUACAGUUAAUGUCAAGGAAUUCUGUGAAUCUUGUUGGAAGCUAAUGCGCAAAGUCUUGGGAACUCACCUGGGACACAGUGCAAUUUAUACAAUGUGUCGUAUAAUGGAGGACAGAAUGCACAUGGAUGAUGCUGCUUUGCUGAGAGGUGCCGUAUUCUUUGUUGGAAUGGCUCUCUGGGGUGCACAUCGUCUCGCUACCCUGAAGAGUACCCCAACAUCUGUUUUGCCUUCUUUUUACAAGGCUAUGACGAGUGCCAAUGCUGUGGUAUCCUAUGAAAUUGUUCUUUCCAUCACUCGACUGAUCAAAAAAUAUGGAAAAGAACUGCAGGUGGUUACUUGGGAACAGCUUAUGGAUAUCAUUGAGCGAUUGCUUCAGCAAAUUGAGACACUGGGUAGUAAUGAGCUGUCAGUUAUUGUACAUGAGCUGCUAACCACAAUAGAAGAGUUGUAUGAACUGAACGACUAUCACGGUCCUCACGAACGAUUAUUUGCACUGAUUGAAAAAUGUUCCAAUAAAAGGCCGGAGAUCUCCGUCCUUACACUAGUGUCGUACCGGGCUCAGUCUAUUCACCCAGCCAAGCACUGCUGGAUUCAGAAUCUGCAGAAACUAAUGGAUAAGUUCUUCAAGAAUGAAAAUCGAAGCACCAUUCGCAAGAAAGCUCUGGACGUCUUGUUGUUUGUUUUGAGCAUUAAUCGACAAUUAUAUGAAGAGGAGCUAAUUGAAGCAGUGGUGAUCCCUCAACUUGGGCAUGUUGCAGAGGAUAAGGAUCACAUGGUACGGAGAUUGGCUGCACAGCUGCUCGUAGACCUGGCAGUGGACUGCCACACGCCUCAGUUUAACAGUCUCUUGGACAUCAUAGAAAAGGUUAUCAAUCGACCACUCAUUGAUCCAUCUGUUGUAGAAGCAGUGGAAAGCAACUUUCUAUAUGAUUCACCUCUGGAGGACGUGAAGACAGCAGUCUUGGGUCUUCUGGAAAUUCUGCAGACCAAGUUGUACAGUUUGCCUGCCAGCCAUGCGGGUCGAGUCUAUGAACUCCUGAUAAGCCACAUACAGUCACAUUACCUGCAAAUGUACUCCUCUGCUAUUGCCAGCAGUAUUCGCCUGAAGGUGUUUAAUUUUUUCCUGCAUCUCCGAGCAGACUCUCUCUUUCGAAUCGGAGUGCCAAACAAGGACAAGAUUGUAAGAUUCAGUCCCUAUUGUUUCUGUGGAAGCAGUGAUUCUGAGAAGAAAGGGCAAGGUACUGUCUCUCCACCGGCAGGAAGUCCGGCCACAGCUCAGAGUGCCACCAUUAGGCUGGGUUACCUGCCUUUCUCUCUGGCUUUCAAUGCAAUUCUCCAGUGCCUUGAGCGUGAGACAGACUGGAAGGUGCUGAAACUCGUAUUGGAUAAGUUGCAAGAGUUGCUCAAGUACAAAGGACUGAUUCUAACUUCUCCGUGCAGCAUUGACCAACUCUGCUCAGCUCUCUGUACCAUGGUCACCGACCGUCAGUUGGCAGAGAGGCUGCGGAAUACGCCGGAGGGUUUCUCCCGCACGGAUGUCCAGUUGGUGGUGGUUCCCGUGCUGACGGUCAUCACCUCCUACCAUGUUUACUUGGACCAGAGCAAGCAGCGUGAGUUUGUUCAUUGCCUCGAUACUGGGCUCAUAUAUCGAUGUGCAAAGCAAUGUGUGGUGACCUUGACCAUGUGCAUCAUCGAGAUGCCUGAUAUCAUGGUUAAGCUGCUACCGGGCAUCAUCCUCAAACUGACCCACAUCUCUGCCACGCUCACCAUGGCCAUUCCCAUGCUGGAGUUCUUAUCAACCUUGGUGAGACUUCCUCCUCUCUAUGCCAACUUUGUGGCAGAACAGUAUGUCAGUGUGUUUGCUAUAUCGUUACCAUACACUAACCCUUUCAAAUUCAACCAAUAUAUAGUGUCCCUAGCACACCACGUCAUAGCCAUGUGGUUUAUUCGGUGUCGGCUUGUGUUCAGGAAGGACUUUGUGCGAUACAUUACAAAAGGUCUCCGAUCAAAUGCCUUGCUACCAUUUGAGGAUACACAUGAACCCAGCAGCUUUCGAGCUCGUAGCACAAGCUUAAACGAAAGACCAUUCAAAAGCUUGCGAGGCUCAAAGCCCCAAAAGCCAGGCUUGAAUAGUUCACAAAUUAAAGAUAUGAAAGACCUAUCGGCAGUUGAGGCCUUCCGGUCCCGAAGCAUCAGUGUCUCAGAACACGCAGUCCGAAGUUCUAGUUUGGGAUCGUCAGACGAGAAUUCAAUGGCAGAUGCGGAACACAGUCUAAAAACUGUGCACCUUGAACUUACCGAAACGUGCUUGGAUAUGAUGGCUCGAUACGUUUUCUCCAACUUCUCUGCUCUGCCCAAGAGGUCCCCUAUAGCAGAAUUUCUCCUUGGCGCAGGAAGGAGUAAUACGUGGCUGGUUGGAAACAAGCUGGUCACAGUUACCACUAGCAGUGGUAUGGGAACAAGAGCACUGAUGGGUUUGGAUUCCUUGGAGCAGAAGAACACUGAAGAAACAUCCAGGUUGGAUUUGUCGAUGCAAGUAAAGACAACACAAGAAGCCCCUGCCAAGUUGGAGUCUCAAGCCAGCCAGCAGAUUGGAAAGGCAGCUCGCUUGCGAGUGAGAUCCGUAUCAGGUGGUCAUGCUCUCCACAGCGAUUCAGUUCAGAGUUUAAGUCCUCUGGUGUCGCCCUCGGAGUCCGAGAUCUCUGCUCCCUCUGUGAUGGCAGCUACAAAAGGAUUGGAAAACCGCAAAUCACUGCAUCGGGAUGCAGCCCCCUCUAGUGGCCAGCCUCUCUCACAGAAGGAAAAGGCCAACCUGGCUGAAUAUGCCUCAGUCCUGACUCAGGGAUGGGCAGAAAUAUACAUUCGCCGACCCUCGGGUAAUGCAAGCUGGCUUCUGUGUCUGGAGAAUCCACCAAGCCCAUUUUCUUCAGAGAUAAACAACAUGCCCUUGCAAGAGCUGUCCACUAUGCUGAUGGCUGUAGAGAGAGUGACGGACUCACACCAGCAAGCACCUGGUCGAUCAGAAUCCAUGCCCUGCCCCAGCUUAACAGCCAAGCCACCAAUACUUCAGCGUUUCAAUACAGUGGCUUCUUUCUCUUCUAUGUGCCAGACAAGCUGUCGAGGAGAAUUGCACAGGAGCAUUUCCUGGGCAGAUUCGGUGGCUGUAGCGGAGGAAGGUGAUGGACUGGGCAUGCACUUGAAGGCCUGUGAUUCUCCUGUGGAGUCUCACGAACUCGAGGACUUUGAGGCAAUGGUUUCCGAGCCGAUCUUCAUGCCAGCAGAGAGCCAGGACAUGAUUACAGCAUCAUACAGCAGAUCGUCAUCAACGUCCAGUCAGGAGGAGGAAAAGACUCUUCAGGGAGAAGAUCCAGGGAUAAUGGGCAUUGCCUCUGAUAAGGUUGUGCCAUCUUCUUUGGCCAUUGAUCCAUUGGAGGAAGAAUUUGAUUUCAACCACGCUCAAACUCUCAACAAGUCCAGCUCUUCCCCAGAGCUUCAGAACCUCCAAGAAAUGGCGGAGGUAAAUGGGAAAGAGGGACCCGCUGCGAAGCCAGCGACUGAGGCAAAGCCUAGGAGUCAUGCUGAGAGUAUUGAAGAGGAAUGUCCUCCCAAUGGCAGAUUGGAAACCAGCGACGGUAGCAAGCAGGACACACUACCUCCGGCAGAAAAGAAGGAACCCCCUCUGUCUCCAAACCGCUACAGGCCCAGGGGCCACACCAUUUCUGACUCUGCACCGUCAAGGAGAGGCCGGAGGUCACAGCGCAAUGGGGUUCAGAACAGAGCGUCGGCCUCGAAUGCGGAGAAGAUUAGUGGAAUAAACCCAAGUUUUGUGUUUCUUCAGUUAUAUCAUUCGCCUUUCUUUGGUAGUGAGUCAAACAAGCCACUUCUCAUUCCUAAGAAUGAGAUUACAGACCGCGCCAUUAAAGUCCUUGAUCAGAUGCCACCUUACGAUACACACAAGAUUGGAGUGGUGUAUGUUGGGGAAGGACAGACUAAUAAUGAAGUUGAAAUUCUGUCCAAUGCAUAUGGAUCGUCGAGGUAUGCACAGUUCCUCACUGGCCUUGGUAAAUUGAUCUAUCUUCAAGACUGCAACCCAGAACAAAUAUUCCUUGGUGGGCUUGACACUUACGGUGAUGAUGGGCAGUUUACUUACUGCUGGCAUGACGACAUCAUGCAAGCAAUCUUUCACAUCGCGACCCUGAUGCCGAACAAAGAAUCAGAUCGAGCCUGUUGCAACAAGAAAAGGCACAUUGGAAAUGACUAUGUGGUGGUUAUAUACAAGGACACUGAAGAGGAGUACAAACUGGGAACUAUAAAGGGCCAGUUUAACUUUGUGGAAAUAAUAAUUAAACCUCUGGACUUUGAAAGCAACCUGGUAACACUACAAGCACGCCAAGAUAUGGAGGGGCUAGUUGACACAAGUGUGGCUAGGAUUGUGUCCGACAAGAACCUCCCUCUCUUGGUGCGUCAAAUGGCUUUACAUGCAAAUAUGGCUUCUCUUGUACACCACAAAAGUGCAGUUCCUUCAGAAGCCUACGCAAGCAAGUGGCUAGCGAGGCUACGCCAGAUCAAACGUAUUCGAUCCAAGGUAUGCGAGGAUCUGCAGUAUCGUCAGAACGCCGGGAUCUCUCUGAUACACAUGCACGCUGCGAACCAGAGUAAGAGCUCCCACCACCACCAUCACCACCACCACCACCACCAAGCACAGCAGCAGCAUCUCCCUCACCACCAUUACCUCCCACAGCACCUGUCGCAGUCACAGUCUGCUGGGAGCGAGACUGGCCAGAGGAAGCGGCUGAUGUCCACCGUGGACGAUUUCACAGACUUUGUUUAGAGCGGUCUCCCGCAUGUCGAAACUGUGCAAUACGUACGCCAUACUGUGACGAAAGCCAAAAACAGUGUUUAGUUUGCCGUGGGGGUAGGAUAGGAUUUACCGCUGCACUGUUUGUCCAGAAAAUGCUGCUUCAACUGACCUCCGCGAAUAGGGUGGGCUGGUUGGACUCCAACCCCCUUUGAAGACACAGAUAAACAAGCGGAGUCUCUUGUUGAUUAUGGAUGUAGCUCUCCCUCCUCCUCCUUCUCCUCCUUCUCCACUCUCCAAAACGACUCUGAUGGAUCUGAUGGGGGAUGUAUUGAAAUAAAUGACCAUUCACUGCCCUGAUGAGCAUUGAGAGGUCAUGAACAUCACUCAUUCUUUGGGUCAGCGUGAUAGGAGCAACCCUACCAAGCGGAUGUGAGUUGACGAAUGAAAGUAAGUGGGGUUUCGGACAGCACCUCUCAUUCAGUUCCCUUCUGAUCCGGCAAUAACUAUUCUUUGUGCAAUUACCUUGUAAAGGAAGACGUGUUGUCAAACUUCACACAAUUUUUAAAUGCAAGUGUCAGUGUUGAAAUGAUGUACUAAAAAUGAAUAAAUUUCAUUUGAAAAUAA